AGCUCUUUUUUUCCUUCCAAUCGGAGCAAAAGCCACGGGAAAACCCUAGAAAUCCGAGGGUGAGGGUGCUUGAUUGGAUGCGAAGAUGAUGCUUGGACUGGGAGGCGAUGGAAUAGGGAUGCUGAUUCCGCUUCAGUUUGACGCUGCGGAAAUGGCGGUAGUGGGGACGGCGGCGGACGGCGGAGGGGGAUCUCAACAACAUCAACAACAGAGGGGGAAAGAGGGGGAGAGGGUGCCACAGUGGAGUCAUGCGGAGACGAAGGAGUUCAUAGCCAUAAGAGCGGAGCUCGAGCGGGAUUUCACUGUUUCCAAGCGGAACAAGACGCUCUGGGAGGUGGUUUCCGCUAGAAUGCGUGAGCGAGGGUAUCGGCGCAGUCCCGAGCAGUGCAAGUGCAAGUGGAAGAACCUCGUCAAUCGCUACAAGGGCAAAGAGACAUCAGACCCUGAAAAUGGCAAGCAAUGCCCCUUCUUUGAGGAGUUGCAUGCUGUCUUCCAGGAACGUGCAAGAAGCAUGCAGCAGCUCCUCCACGAGUCUGAAUCAGGACCACCACAGGCAAAGAAGAGAUUGAAAAGGCCUAGUGGAGAUCGAUCAUCUGAUGAAUUGUCUGAGGAUGAUGAGGAUGAUGAAGAUACUGACGAUGAGCGUCUAUCCAGAAGCAGAAAGAAGAAGGGAGACAAAGGGCAACAACAACAGCAGCAGAGAGCAGCAGACAAGUCCAAGGCAUCAAAUAGUGUGCAUGAUAUACUGCAAGAUUUCCUACAGCAACAACAGCGCAUGGAAGCUCAGUGGAAGGCAAUGGUGGAUAGGAGAACAAAAGAGCGUCAAAUGCUUGAGAACGAGUGGAGGCAGUCAAUGCAGACGCUUGAGCGUGAGAGAAUGAUGCUGGAGCAGGCAUGGCGAGAAAGAGAGGAGCAGAGGAGGAUCAGGGAGGAGACCCGAGCCGAGAAGAGGGAUGUACUCCUAACCACUCUAUUGAACAAACUCAUACAAGAAGGCCUAUAGUAAUCAAACAGUCAGUGAAACAGAGUGAUAGUUUGCAGACAUUGCAAAAAUACUUUUAGUAUAUCUGCUGAGGAGAAACAAUAAUCAGUGAGUUAGAUUAGUUUUACACCCAAGCAAUUUGUGAUAAUGUUUUGCUUAUGGUCAGAUUAGAAACUCUUGCUUGUGUUGUAAUUGUUCUUAAGUAUUUUCCAGAGAUAUGUAAAAGAACACUAUAGUUUAUGAGAGAGCAAAUGUGAAAUUCCCUUUUCUUUUGGA